AGAGAGAGAGCGUGACAGGGGCACUUAUUCUUAAUUCUCUCUCUCUCUCUCGCUCUCUCAUAGCAUAAAGCGCGCUCCCGUCGGCAGCUGAAGCGCGUUCCCGCAGGCGGUCAGCGCGCGCCGCAGUCCCGUGCUGCGACUGAAUGGUGCGUAACCAUGACAACAGCGACAGCAGCAGCAGCGGCGGCGGCGGCAGUAGCGCGGUGAAGAGCCGCGCAUUUAUUCCUCCGAUGCACGGAAAUCUGAGCACACAUACACGCGCGCGCACACAGAUACACAGGAGCGCAAUACACACUCCACGUUAAUGCCCUAGGAGCGGACAGAACCGGGAGAGAACCGGGACAAAGCGGGGAAGGUGUGGACCGGAGCGGGGUCUCGCGGCACAGGUGAUGGAAUAGGUGAUGUCUGAAGUACAGGGCACUGUGGAGUUUUCUGUGGAGCUGCACAAAUUUCACAAUGUGGAUCUCUUCCAGAGAGGGUUCUAUCAGGUGAGGGCGGGGCUGAGAGUGUCGCCACAUAUUCCACACAGGUUUAUAACCACAACACCUGGACACACAGGUGAGUGCAGUUUCACAAAGCCUGGAGUCCACGAUGGGGUUGUGUUCAGUCGAAUAUUUCAGAUCCUUUACAGGAACGAGGAGGUUUCGCUGGAGGACCGUGCCAUCUUUCGAGUCCACCUGCUACUGGAUGGGGAGAGGGUGGAGGAAGCACUAAAUGAAGUGGACUUCCACCUGCGACUUGACCUGCACUUCACUGAUGUGGAGCAACAGUUGGCUGAUAUCUCCUCAGUGCCUGUGAUCAGCAGUAGGACUCUGGGUCUCCAUUUCCACCCCUGCAGCGGCCUGCACCACCACCUUCCCGUCAUGUUCGACUACUUCCACCUGUCUGUCAUCUCCGUCACCGUCCAUGCCUCUUUAGUGGCUCUACACCAACCACUGAUCAGUUUUGCACGCAGCAGUAAAGGGGCAUGGCUGGGAAAGGGCUCUCCAGAGAGUGAGGCUCCGCCUGCUAUGAUGUCAGUAGAGAACCUGAUGUUUGGGGCGGGAUACUGUAGACCCAUACUCACUGAGGGCAGUUUUUACGUGGCAUCAGAGAACUGCUUGCAGAGAGCUCAUACGUGGCACAGGACUCUCUGCCGCCUCCUGCUGGCUGCUUAUGAAGGCCUGAGCUUCUUCUAUACAGUGCUGAUGAAGGACAAUCCUCAAAUGCAGUGUUGUGAGAUAGAGGAGCUGCUGUUUGAGGAAUCACUGAACAAACUCACCAUCGAGUUACAGUUACUGAGUGGUCAUGAGAAAGUUGCCGAGCAGAUCUCUCGUGAUCUGUCUCAGCUGUGCGCCAGGCUUGCAUCUCUUUGGGCUCAGUUUGUGGAGGCAGCUGUUCCAAAUCCCCAGGUCCGCAGCUACCUCGCCCAGGAGCAUCAUAAGCUCAGGGUCAGGAGAUUCUCUGAGGGCUACUUCUUCACUGAACAUCCCAAAGAGUCUUCACUCACCUUUCAAGAGGAUCUCAUCAGUAGGCAUGCUCAGAUGGCUGUGGACUUGAGGAGUUCGGAGUAUCUCAGUCUUAUGCCCCCUCUCCCAAUUGAGUGCCUCGACAUUGAUGGUGACUGGAACAGUCUGCCAAUUAUCUUUGAGGACAGAUAUGUGGCUGCACCCUGUUUAGAUUAUAAUCCACAUGUGCCAAACCAUAUAGACUCAAACACUCAGAAAUCUACUAAUUCAGAUGAUACAGGGAAGUAUUCUAUCUCCCCAUUAGAGAGGAGACCUCAAUCACCAGCAAUAAGCCCUAAGGAUUCUGCCUCUAAAGAAUUCAUGGACCUACCCACCUACAUGGCUCUAAUUGGAAGAGAGAAGGACUUUGUCAUUGACAGAGAGGAGACUAUGGAUGAAUUGGAAAGUCCAGUCGGCUCUUUAGAUGAGAAUACAUGUAUAGACACAACUGAAACUGAGUUUGGAUCCAAAGUUGAAACAAUUGCUGACUGUCAUCAGGAGAGCGAGAUAAGAGAAUUGGAUAGAGCUAACACGUUAGAAGAAGAGACACAAUAUAUUGACAGAACUGGUUUGAAACAGAUAAAGGCCAGACCCAAUGACUCUGAACAAUACAAGGGGGAUGCAGUGCUGCUCAUUAAAUCAAAAGACAUGAAAUGUACUGAUCUCACUGUCCCAGAUAUUUCUUCUGAAAAUCACCAAUACAGUGAUUCAGAGAUCCAAGCAAUCUCUGAGAAACAUAGCAGCAAGGAAGAAGAGACAGUUUUGAAGGAUGCUUGCCCAGAAUCACCAGCAUUGGCCCAAGCAAAGAACACUGGAAGUGUUGAUACAUUGUUGACUAAUUCUUCUAUAACGGACGGACCAAUGACACCUCCACACAACACCAACAUUCUGCCGAUGGACCACCCCUUGUCUGAGACGCCUCCAAGAGCUGGGUUUCUGGGCAAGUUGAAGAUAAUGAAGCGUUCUUCCUCUGUGAUUUCUGACUCUGGUAUCGAAAGUGAACCCAGCUCCGUGGCCUGGCCCUUGGAUGUCCGUGCUGGGGUUGCUGGAAGUCGUGACCCCUUGCACCAUUGUCGCCGACGAGUGCAUCGGAACUCUCUGGAAGGCCUUCAGACUGAGAGCCACGGAAGCCUGCCCAGUGCUACACAAGCCUCGCUAAGCUCCAUUAGCUCCCUGCCCUAUGAAGAUGAGGACGAAGAACGACAAAGGCAACUGAAUACACUCACCAAAUCUGCUUCGGCUCCACAGAUCAACAGCCCUGACAACAACAAUGACAAUGUUAUCCAGGACCCAACCAAUCAAGGGAAGGUUGUACUGGAAACUUCCAGUCAGAUGAGAAAGAAAAUAGAAUGUGGCAGUGUAGUCGACAAACAGGAAAUAUCUAAUCAGGAGAUGUUUGAGGAGGUACUCUGCAAACAGAUGGGGACUUUUUUUCACAAGUUUGCAAAAGAAACACCUGAUGAAGCAAGUGAUUAUGAGGAUAUCAAAGAUUGUAGUGGUGUGUUGCAUGAUGGAGAUUCCAGCCUGCUUAAUGAAAACACUGAACUUUGUGACACUGAAUGUUGUGAACACAAGGGGUCAAACAUGGGUACUGAUAAUAAUCCUGAUAGUCACAGUUCUGAUGCCAUUAGUUUCCGUGACAUUCAACUAAGUGAGCUUGAGGAUGGUGAACUUGGGAAUAUCACAGAUGAACCAAACCCUGAAAACCUGAUCAGCUAUAAUGUUGACAGCCAAGCUAGUAGUAAUCCCAGUGACCUCAAGGAGCUUGCGGCCAAUGGAAGAGAGCAAACGGGGAAAGAGGGACAUGCAAGGACCAAUCAGGUGCCAAGUUCAGGCUUGGCAUUUAUGAAUAAGAAAGUGGUGGAGGUGGUGAAUCUGUCUGUUUCGUGUGCACCGACCUGCCUUCCGUUUUCUUCUGUCUUUCGUGACUCACCAUCUGUCACCAGCCUCUCCGUCCGACAGGCCAACUCCCCCAUUACCCAUCAGCCACUGGGCUCUUUUGGAAUCAUCUCAUCCUCUUCCUCCUCCCUGUGUACUGAACAGGAAAUCAGUCAGAGAAUGCUAAAUUUUUAUAAAGCUAAAGAGGCAUUUCUGGGGAAGUUAGCAUUCCGAGCGACUCUAUACAGUGAUGUUCCUCUCCUCGCAUCUGAUCACCCAUACUUCCCUCCAGAAGAGGAAGAAGAGGAGUUUGAUGAUGGAAUCCACCUGGUAGUGUGUGUCCAUGGUUUAGAUGCCCUCUCAUGCAGAGUUCCCCAAAUAAUGGACCCAAUAGCAGAGUUUGGCUAGUCAAAAUGAAUGAAGUACAGGAAAUGAAUCUUAAAGAGUGAAGAGGUGAGUGCAAGCCAGCUACUAUGUUUACAAACCAAUUUUGACUUGGAAAGGAAAUUUAACUUAAGAGAGAAAAGGUGAGUGUGAGGCAUCCAGCUACUCGGUCCAAAAACCGAUCUCGACUCGAAUUUUUUUUUCCUAAACUAGAGAGAAGUUAAUUUCCUUUUGUUUUACCCCCCACAAAGACCUCUGCAACCACAGCACCAGGACCUAUACCAUUUAUAGGGUGAUGGGUGAUGUAGUUUUUUAGGAAUUUUGCCAUUAAUGGAAGGAGGUCUGCACCUGCCUCUGCCAGCACUCAUGGGUUUACAUAGAUGGACAUUACAAUACUCAUCCCCAAAGGUCGGCUUCCAACAUCUGCAGGCCUGCCCUAUGAUCCUGAUGGAAGGUUCUGAUGAGUUCAGGGUCUAGGAUGAGCUGAGAUGCUCCUUUAACCUUCCCAGUCACUAGGAAUAACAUGAACCCUCACCACAUGCUCCGGCAGGAGCUCAGUGGUCUCCUUGGCUGAGGGAAUUUUCUGCAAUCAAUAAAUGUAUAUGCAUUUGAGAAGCAGUCCUCUACGACUAGUAUAGUGUUGGCUCGAGAAGCAACCAUGUGAUAAAGUCAAGGGAGAUUUGGGACCAAAGAGAUAGGAUAGUGCCAAUGGGCUGUAGAGUACUGGCUUGAGGUGUGAGACAUGGAAUCUGGGGAUAAUCCCAGUGUCCUAUCAAAUACAGUUCCCCAUAUCCAUGAGGAUUAUCCCCACAUUCCAUGUCUCGCACCUCAAACCAGGACUCUACAGUGAAUUGACCUCAACGGUAGCCGGAUGAUGUACCUGACAUUAAUUACCCGUUCUUCCAGCAUUUUGCAAUAGAUAAAAUAUGAUCUACAUAGAUGAACAUGUAAUUACUAAGUGUUUGUCUCAUGACCUCGUUUAUCAAAUGUUGCAAGAUGGCUGGUGCAUUCAACAGCCCAAAUGGCAUCAUGAGGUACUCAUAGUGGACCAAAGGGUUGAUGAAUGCUGUCUUCUGUUCGUCACCCUGCCGCACUCUGAUGAGAUUGUAGAUGCUGCACAGGUCCAGCUUGGAAAAAAAUGGACGUCUGCUGCAGCAACUUAAAAACUGUGUUCACCAGAGGCAGGGGAUAGUGGCCAGUGUAAUCUAUACAAGGAUGAAGGUCCCGAUCUUUCUUCCCCACAAAGAAAAAUCCCACCCCUGCUGGUGAGGUGGAUGGUUAAAUGAAACCUAGCAACCACGACUCCCGAAUGUACUCCUCGGGUGCUCUUUGUUAAGUACAUGAAAGGGAAAACAACCUUCUCUGAGGUAGAGAAGCACCAGGAGGAAGAACAUGGGUCUUACACUUGCUAAAGACAUCCUGGAGGUCAUCCUCAGGUAGCCUGAGGGGAUCAUAGAAAGAUCAGUUUGGUCCUUUGAUGGUGUGACAACUUUCAUGAGAGAUUUUAAACAGAGCUCUUUACACUGAGGUCCCCAAAUAGACACUGACGAUGUGAGCCUGUCAAUGCAGUGGUUAUGCUGCUGCAAUCAAGGAAAGCCUGGAGCAGCUGCAGUUCUGGGGCUUGUGUAAGCAAGAGAGAUAUUUACUCCAUGUGGUGCCUAAUCCUAUGACCUGGUACGUUGACGAACGAAUGGCUGUCAGUGGCUGAGAUGGGCAGAUUCCAUCGUGUUUUAUUCCUCUUGUACUACAGCAAUUUGCCAGCAAUUACAUUUUUUAAAACUUAUUACCAAUGAUGUGUCCUACUUUUUAUCUGUUUAAAGUUAUGUUUAAUGUUGUGGAACAUCCUUAAAAAAUGGUUCCUAUUCUCACUUAAAUUAAAGCAGCUAUAAACUGUCCGUUCCCUCAUAAGCCUCUUAUUUUUUCUCUCUUUUAAAGGGAGCAGAAGAAGAUGAAAAUAUGCAGAUGUUACUUAGAAACCGCACAGUGUAGACUGCUCUCUCCUGAAGAUGUCUGAAAAAUUGAAAAAAGUUACAGCUUUACCUCUGACCGUUACAAAGCACUGACAAUGGAGACUCCUGCUAUGAAUGCUUAAUAAACUUUACCAUCUCAACAAGUGCAGUUUUUAAAAUUUGUUUAUACGAAGUGUCUGCCGUACAAG